AUGUCGAAUUUAUCCAAACUUGAGUUUGUGGCAUUAGAUAUUUCUGGAAAGAAUUAUCUUUCAUGGGUACUCGAUGCUGAGAUUCACUUAGCUGCAAAAAGUCUUGAUCACAUUAUUACUCAGGGAAAUGAAGCAUCGAGCCAAGAUAAGUCGAAGACUAUGAUUUUUCUUCGCCAUCAUCUUGAUGAGGGCCUGAAGAUUGAAUAUCUGACGCAACAAUAUCGUGAAAAGGGUUUUCAGAAAUAUUAUGAUUUAAUCUCAUGUCUUUUGGUGGCUGAGCAACAUAAUGUUCUUUUAAUGAAAAAUCAUGAAGCUCGUCCUACUGGAGCUGCUCCAUUAUUGGAGGCAUAUGUGGUGGAAGCACGUGAUCAAUUUGAAGUAAAAAGAGAUGAUCAUCGGGGCUAUAAUAAUGCACAGGGACGUGGCAAAGAUAAGAGGCGAUACACCAAUCGUCGAGAUGGUGGUCAUAAUAAAAGGGAGAACAACAUGAGUUCUCAAAAUAACCCCUCAAAAAGUAAUUGUCUUUAUUAUGGCAUGAAGGCCCAUUGGAAGAAUGAAUGUCGCACACAUGAGCAUUUUGUUAAGCUGUACCAAAAUUCCUUUAAAAGGAAAGAAAAUAAAAGUGGUGCUUCCUCUUCCAAUGCUCGAGCUGAGUCACAUAUGACUCUUAAAGAUGAUGAUAAGCCUGGAACAUCUCAGAAAUAUCAUAAAGAUAUUGAAGCAAAUUUAGGUUCAAAGGAUGAUGUUUUUGAUGGCCGUGGUGACAUUACUCAUAUGAAAGUUGAUUACUUCUUUGGAGAUCGAAAAUGA